AUGACAUCAGCAUUGACCUCGUCCCUCUUGACCGCAGGAUGCAAGGACAUCCCAAAGAAGACCGGCGUGAUCGGAGACCUCGUGAAGGAAAUUCUUGCCGUGGAAGUCCAAAUGCAAGACGCUCAUGUUGUGGCCAAGCAAGACCCAGACAAAGGCGAACAAGUACUCGACCUCUACGUGAGAUUCCUCGAGCGUCGCGAUCUGCUAAUCGCCCAACUUCAAAAGGAAGGCAUGGCAGUUCCAUGGCAGUUGCGUGUGAAGAUCGACGAAUUCGAGCAAACGCUCAAAGAACGCAAGAAGCUCUCCGCCAACAAGUCGGCGCCGUUGUUUAGCACCACGGACAACGAACGUUCCCCGCAGACCACACCGACGGAUUCCGUGGACAGUCCUUCAUCCGUGUCGGAAACAUCGUCCGUCAUAGCGGGGGUCCUCCCUCUAGUUGUGUCGUUGCUUGUCGUAGGAAUUGCAGUCUACUUGGCGGCGAAUUAUGCGCAGUUCGACUUGUUGAAGUAAAUGUACCUCGUAGACUGACUGAACUCGAGGCCAUGUCGUUCGAUCGUACAUAUUCGAUCGUACAUACGAGUACUCCAAGCAUACA